AUGGACGGAGCCGUCGUUGGCGGUACUGAUCGGCAUCACUGGUGGUGGGCUCUUGCAAGUGCGACUCAGUUCGGAUGGGGCAUACGUUCUUACGCUAAAGGAUAUGCCGGAGAUUCACGCCUCAUGCCAUUCAAGGCCUUCGCCGUUGCAUCUCUCUUCGUCGGCGCCGCCACCUCCGCCUCGUUCGGUGUCCUUCAAGCUCACGGGAUCCAUAAGGUGGAAGAUGUCAUGCAAGUAGGUGCGAAUAUAAGAACAAGACUUGGACUACCUCCACGAGCGCAGGAUAAAAUGAAGGCUUCAACAAAUAAAGUUGCCUGACAAGGAACCUUGAAUUUCUAAGGUGUCAUGCAGUUCACCAUCCUUAGCUCAACCACUGAAUGCUUGUUCGGUGCAUUGGGUUUCAUUAUUGUUUUUCUCAAUUUUUGCCCUUAGCCGCGAGCAAAUUUUAUUAAUUAUGUCCUUAAUCGCUUGGACAUUUGUUAGCUCAGUUUCAAGUGUUUAUUAGUCCCACAUAACUCUUGCAAUGUAGUAAUUAUGUUAUCUACUAAUAUAUGACAUUUUAUCAAUUAUUGAUGAUAUGACUCCUCGAGCUACAUGAUUGAUUGAUUAUUAUUUGAU